GGAGGUGGCGGACAUGGAGGCGGAGGAGGAUACGGUGGUGGUGGAGGAAAUAGCAUCGGCCGCAAAGAAGGUUUUGGAAUUUGGAACGAAGGAAACUGAGAUGAAGCACGAUAUUGCGCUAAAAUCGAGGCUACAAAUAAUAAGUUCUUUGUCAUACUUUAAUAUGUAACUUACAAUAAAGUAAUGUUAUUAAACAAAUGUGCUCGAGUUCAUUGUCCUAAUGUUAUCUAUGUUUAUGGUAAUCCUCAAGUGAAAAGUCGAUCCAAAUUCCGGAGCAACAUCAUAAUCUUGUAUGUUUUUUCAUUAUGAUUGUAGUUUUUAUUUUUUAAUGAUAGCUAAAGUUUUUAAUUUAACUUAAUUCUAUUGUUUUGCUUGUGGUGUUGUAUUGUUGGCUGAAUAAUGAAUGUUAUUAUUUUCCU